AUGGCAUCAAGUGUAUCUGUAUAUUCCAUCACUGACAUUUAUUCUGGAAACAAGGGUCACCAAAACCUCGUAAAUCAAAACACAUUACGCUCUCAAUGUACAUCUGCACAGAUCAACAAUGCAGAGUAUCCUUGUAAAGACUUGAUCAAAUCCACAAGUGAUGGCUGUGCAACCCUAGUCAAUAUGGACACUUCUGAAAUCAAUAUCGGUUCUGGAAAUACUUGCCCUAAUAGUCUCCAUGAUGGUCGAGUUUCAACACCAAAGCAGGACACACCAGAAGCUUCUCAUACAGACUUUUCCAUGUAUACAUCGCGGUUUCCAGAGUUCGAAGGGCUAUUAAGGAUGAUGGACAAGCGUGUCAAAGAGGCUUUCAAGGAUGGAGGUAGCAUUGACAUAUCUGUAACGGCAUUGUCUGCCCGACAUAGACUUCGACAUGUUCCAUCCAUAAGGAAACCACCUGUUUUAUCCAGUGACAUGAAUGUCCUCAAUAAAAUUAAAUCGGAAAUAAAUGCAGAAACUGUGCUGCUCCAAGAAGAUAGAGCAAUCAACGAACGUUUAAAGCGUGCUCUACAGAUUAUUGAGCAAGAAAAUAGAAAACUCAAGGAUCGGGUGGAUACACAGAAAUGGCGGUUAAAGGCAAAAUCUGUCUAUUGCUAA